GAUAAGAGUUUGAGUCCGGGAAUGUAUGCAGCCAGUAAGAAAUAGCUGCCUGACUGGUAGUAUUCAGGGUAAAAACCCCUCGUCACUUUAGCGCACUGCCGUACCCUCCAACAGUGUUACGGCUAAUGGUAGCGGAUCGGCGCUCUCCUCUUAAUAGACUCUCUGUAGUUUGCCUUCUUGACACACCUUUUGUUGUCUCGUCUAGCUAGAGUCGGCUAACCAUUGCUAGCUAGCGAGCAUCACCCGCUUCGACUACCCGCCAGCGGUGAAGUGAAGUUAGGGCAACAGAGUUACUGUGAAGCCGAGGGAGCUGAUAAGUGACGGCCGACACCCUGCCAGUGGUGGUGUCUCCUGUAGGAUGAGUGGUGAUGCAUUGAACCCAGCUGCAGUGGCACAGUCAGUCGAGGAUGUACAUGGAGAUGACCGGUGGAUGUCACAGCACACAAGAUUUGUGCAGGAGUGUAAGGAUGCUGAACCAGACGUGCUUUUUGUGGGAGAUUCUAUGAUACAACUAAUGCAGCAGUAUGAGGUCUGGAGGGAGUUAUUCUCUCCUCUUCAUGCGCUCAACUUUGCCAUUGGAGGGGACACCACCUGUAACGUGCUGUGGAGGCUGCAGAAUGGAGAACUGGAGAACAUCCGUCCCAAGGUGGUGGUGUUGUGGGUUGGAACCAACAAUCACCAACACACAGCAGAGCAAGUUGCUGGAGGAAUUCUUGCUAUUGCGAAGCUGCUCACCUCCAGCCUCCCCAAGGCGAAGAUAGUUGUACUGAGUUUGUUGCCUCGAGGGGAGCGACCCAACCCCCUGAGGGAGAAAAACGCGGCGGUUAACGAGUUUCUGCUCUCCUGGCUGCCGCGACUGGGUCGGGCUCAGGUCCUGGAUGUGAGCGGGGACUUCGUUCACUCUGAUGGAGCCAUCAGCCCGCAGGACAUGUUUGACUUCCUCCACCUGACGCAGACAGGAUACCGCACCAUAGCGAAGCCCCUCAGUGACCUGCUGCUCCAGAUACUGGAUGAGAAGCCAGAGGAGCAGCCGGCGUCGCUGAUUUGAGGGGCCGUGGCCGAGCAGCACAUUUAUCCAGAGGCAUGUCUCACCCACUGCUGUGGGAGACAGGGGAGACAUGUCUCUGGUAUCUGGAGGAGGAAGGGCUUACUUAUCGGGGGGGGGGAGGGGGGUAAGAGGCACACUGAUGUGAGUGGGCCUCGGAGGGGUGCGGGAUCACAUUCAUGAGGGUUGGGUGUGGAGAGGUGCUGAAGAGGGAGAGAGACCUCACUACAGACGUAGACACUGUGAUUGCAGUGAUUGAGACUUCUCUGAAUCAGACGGAUAUACUGAGAUCACACGGAGAUGUGACGCAGAACAGAAAAACAAUCACAUUUUUCCUCCGUGUUUUGUUUGAUGACGGCAAAACUGUUAACUGUGCGGCCUCUCUGUUAACACAUGAGAAGUCCAGUGCACAACACACACAGUCGGCAGAACGUUAAACAACGUUGUACACUGUUAUGAGUCUGAGCUGUGGUUCCCAACCGCAAGAUGUCACAAGAUGUCACAAGAUGUCACAAGAUGUCACAAGAUGUCAUAAGAUGUCACAAGAUGUCACACGAUAAUUUAAGGAAUAACAUAAAAAUAUUUCUGAUCAUGUUCCCAGAUUAAUUUUUUCUUGCCAAAUGACCUCUUCAGGCUAAAUCGAAACAAUCCGAAAAGUGGAAAUCCCUCUUGGGUGAGGCAUUGUGUGCUUUUAAAGGUCCGCUAGUUACAAAGGUUGGAAACCACUGCUGAGAUGCACACUAUGUAUCGCAGUGAGCAGCAUUUAAAAAUAUCUCUCACUAUUAGAUGAUUUUGCUUCAAGAAUAAUCCAGUGAAGUAAAUGUCAUAAAAAAUAAUUUACACAAAUUGACUGAUAGUUUCGUCUGUUCAGUCCUUCGAGUACUAUUUCAUACACUCAGCAAAACAAGGAGCACUUACUCUGAUAACAGUUCACUUGUGAAUUCAGUGUGUCACCAAUUAGAUGUCUUUUUUGAAACUUAAUCAAUAUGAAAAAGAUAUAUAUCGGGAGAGUUAACUACUUCUACACACACACACACACACACACACACACACACACACACACACUUCUGCUUCUGUCUUUAAAUGAGUGAAUAUCAAGUCAAAAUCAUGUAUGAAUACAUACUCAUUGAUGAUGUUAGGCUGAAUCUACUUGUCUGAUAAUCUACUGAUGUCUUACAAACACCCUCAAGCAAAACUUCUAUCACACCCAGCAAGUGUAUUUACAUUUUACUUUUACAUUUAGCAGAUAAAUCUACUAUGACAUUUCAUUUUGAUGUCUAAAACAAGCGUUUUAAACGUUUUGUAUUGCCAAAACUAAGACCUGCUUUUUAAAACUGCUCCGAACGACUUCUAGACGGUGUCCUGUAUCUGUUGAAGGACAUUAUUUAAUAGAAACAUGUCAAUGAUAUUGUGUGUGCACUGGUUUUCAGUAGGUUUACAGUGCAACACUGCACUUGAUUCAAUAUUUUACAAAAAAGUAAAAACAGUUGUGAUAAUCUGGUGUUCGUCACGUCCUAAUGCUUUCUCAUCACAUUGCUAAUCGUAAUAUGAGGCAUUCCUUAUGAAAAUGCAGAUUGAUUUGGGACAAUUCUUUCUUCAUGUGUAUCUCACAUUAAUAUAUCCAAAUAUUCACAGUCUGACACUUUGACACAAGCUCUCUCUCCCUCUCCCUCCUAAAUACAUGAAUAUACAGUAUUUUCUCUCUUUAUUCUGUUUCUCACCUCUUUGUUUCUCUCCCUGUUGUAUGUGUAGUCGACUCUCACCAGCCCUCCCACCCCGGGCCCUCACUUCUGUAGCUACUGAAUAUUUUUAGGAAUAAAAAGUAGCCACAUGGUUAAGCUGCUGAACACAGCUAUACUGAAUAUGCUCGCGCUAAAUGCUCAAAAGCAAUCACAGGUCAUGUAAAGAAAACAAUUUGUCUGUGAGCUUCUACUGUUUCUUCAUGGUUUCGGUUCUGAGAGUCAAAUUAUGCGACGUUACUGCUGUCUUAAGCUCUGCACAUAUGCGUGCUGUGUUAUAUAUAAAUAGUGUAUGUGUGUGUGCCUUAAGUGUUCAUGGGGACGGUUGUAUACAGUAUGUCUGGUACUGGAUUGUGUAAAUUGGACGUAUGAGUGUCUUUAGAAGUGACCCCCGUUGUAUAUAAGACGUGAAGCUUGAGGAAAUGAUGUUUGACUGGGGGUCAGGUUGUGGGAGUCUGUUUGGUGCGAUACAGCAUUUGCACUGUUUUGGCUCGUUGUCACGUUAUUGAGGUAAAGCAUUCCAUUAAAGAAAAUGAAAUCUAA